AUGUCCCCCUUCCAAGCUUUGUAUGGUUUCCCACCACCCAUGAUUUCUGAACUUGCUAUACCUGUCCCUGAGGAGGAGGAGGCACAGAAUUUCCUAGCUGCUAAACAACAGAUACUGGAGCACUUAAAAUCCAAUUUGCUCCAGGCCCAGAACAGAAUCAAAAGAUAUGCUGAUCUCAAACGAGUGGAAAGGGUAUUUGAAGUGGUUGAUAUGGUCUACCUUAAGAUGGCACCUUAUAGACUAGCAGCAUUUGGAUUCAGAGGUGCUUUGAAACUACAAAACAAGUCGGAGUCGGAGUCGGAGCGGAGCGCCCCGAAGACGCCGCGGUCGAGCAGGCCCAGCGCGGAGAAGACCACUACCCCCACCUCGUCCUCCGCCGCCUCCAGUGCCGGCGACGCAGAUGCCCUCGCCGCCGCCGCCGACCACCACACAAAAGAAGAGGUGGCGGAGGCGGAGCCGCGUCUCGCCAGCAGGUUCGCCCACCUUGCCCCCCGCUGGUUGAGGCUCAUGAAUAUCCCGCGGCCAGCAACGAUUCCGACGCCGGCAUUGGCCGCGGCGCGCACACCGUCGCGGACGCUGAACCCGCUCAACGCCCACACCUUCGCCGCGGCCGCUGCCCAAUUCGCGGGCGAAGUGGCAGGCACCGAGGUGGACGCCGAGGCAAAGGAUCUCGCAGCAGCAGCUGUCCCGUUCGCCGCGGGCACGCGCGGCAGCGCCGACGAUCUUGUGCGAGCCGCGGAUGCCUUGUCGAAAGCCGCGACGGGCACACCGUUCGCGGUUCAGUCGAUGGAUCUUCUGGUGUGCACAAGCUGUUUGGUUGUGAUUCCAGAAGAGACCGAAACUGAGUGCCUCGUCCGCACCACCCAUGAGUUCGUGACCGCAGCGCAAGGAUCGUCAAUGGAGGAUGGUGCAAGGCUGUUCGCCCGAGCCGUUGAUGCGUUUGCCGCAGGCAAGUUUCGUUCGGUGAAAGUAGCAGAUACAGAAUUGUGCAGGAUGGGCCGAAUGUUGGAACACAUGGCAAGGAUGGCACCAGAUACUGAGAAGAAGCUGGCGGAGUCGCGGAGAUAGCCAUUGCGAUCGUGGGAGAGUCCAGUAUCCUGCUGCUGGAAGUGGAUGACGCACCACCAAGCCGACCAUCCUCCACGGCCAAGAGGGUCGAUCUCGUCUCUUGCCUCCGUUGCCUUCAAGCUUGCUUCUCAAAAACUCCCACUACACCAGGCGUCAAGCCUCGUAAGCUAUCUCAAAAAGCAACAACAGCUCCCACUGCAGUGCCAGUUCUCCCUCUGCAUCGACAUCAGGUUAAACGUCAGGCGAAGAUAGUUGAUCAGAGGACAUUUAUCUUUGGUUUAACGUUGAGCACCACUAUUGCACUGUUCACCACCAUGAAGGUGGAGAGUGUCAUGUCCGCCGAAGUCGCAGCUUGGGUAGGAGGAGGCAGCACAAUUGCUUGGUUGUGUGUUAAUGGGGGAUCCAUGAUGAAUUUGUAUGGCCAAAGCAUCUUUGAGCAGCGAGCAGCUCAACACUUGAGUCGUCUUGGAAUGAUGGGUUUAGCGCUCCUCUUCUGUUUAUCCAUGUACGCAUGGUUCUUCCCUCACCUCCUGGGCCUAUUCUGGACACUUGUGGGACUGGCUACUGCACUUCAUGCUGC